AUGAUCACUGCUUGUAAAACAAAGGACGAAUGCAAUGACCCUCAUGCAAUAUGCCUAAACGGUGAUUGCGUGUGCGAAGAUGGAUAUAUUUUGAAAGGCGGUAAUUGCAAAGAAAUAACAUGCGAUGAUCAUCCAUGUGGCAGUAUUGGGAUAUGCGAGGAAAUCACAGGAGAUGAAAAAUUCGAAUGUAAAUGUCCGCCUGACUCGUUUGGAAAUGGAUACCAUUGCUACGACUCGCCAUGUUACAAAGCUCCUUGCCAAAAUGGUGGAGUUUGCGAAAAAAAAGAUAAAAAUGGAUACAAAUGUAUUUGCCCAAUUGGCUUCUCUGGGGUUAGCUGCGAGCGUCAUGAGAUAGAGCUUUCCUGUGAUGGGCGAACUGUGGAUAUUCCUUUCUGUGAAAACAGUGGAGCACCUACUGAAACGUGCAAUGAUACGCCAUGUAAGAACAACGGUAUAUGUCUGCCUGUACGUACUGGUCAAUUCAAGUACAAAUGCAAAUGCAAAUCAGGGUAUACCGGGCGUACAUGUGAUACAAAAAUAAAUGAGCAAUGUAAUGAACAUGGAGUUUGUAAAUUGAAGUUGAAAGAAGAGGGACAAUGUCUAGAAGUAGGAUGCAAUUGCUUCAUUAGGUAUAGUGGUCAACAGUGUUUAGAGAAAGCUACAGACUGUAAUGACGACAGUGAUUGUAGAAAUGGUGGAAGAUGUGAAGAAAAACAGUGUGAUUGUGCUCCAGGUUUUAAAGGUGCUUUCUGUGACGAACGAGAGCAUCAAUCUUAUAUUCACUUUCCCCGUAUUCAUUUUGCUGGAAGAUUUCAAGCUGAUCAGUCGACUAUAAACAAUUAUCCUGAUAAUUUUGAUACGGAAAGCUUUCCCAAAACAAGCGUGGGAUGGAAUCCAACCGGGAGCUCCGCAUGGCGUUUAAGGGAGACGCGAAUUACAAGAGUUUGUUACGCAAAUGAAGCUUGCACUUCCUUCGUAAGCGAUGACGCGCUGAUUAACACCUUACUUGAAGAUAGUAAUCUUGCUGGAAGUGCGAAGCUGGUUGACCUUGAUGUACAUUUCCAGGAUUCUUCCGCAAUUUAUGGUUGGUCAAUGCAAGUCAGAGACUUCUUUAAAGCUGAUUUUCAAAGAGUUGGAUUUCGGUAUAUGUGGCGAAAAAUGAAAGCUGGUCAUGGUUUGGCUGUUUAUGGAGCUGCCUAUCAAAGUGUUCUUAAAAACGUUCAGUUUGGAAAUAGAAGCGAAGACUCGCGGAUAACGAAAUACCUUAAAGAACAUUUAGAACGUAGUGACAAGAAAGAAUUAUCAAUCCGUUUUAACGUUGACAUGUACGAUUCUUCAAGUACGACAGCUAACUUUUCUUAUGGUAGAAUCGUUGGUUCAAUUGGAAUUUCAGGUCGCGAUUCCCCGCCGUAUGUUACUUUCGGCCGUAUGCUCAAGCCGAUUAUUGGAACUGGACCAGAUUUUUGGUACACUCCUUUUGUUUAUGAUCAGGAGAAGAAAACCAUUUUGAUUGACUUGGGCAAUAGUUUAGGUAUUACAGAAGAAGGCAUUCCAUUGAAAUCAAUUGGAAACAUGGCCAUAGCGUAUACAGAUAACAAUGAGGACGACAAUAUAAAAUGUCCGAAAGUAUGGAAUCCAUUUGGCCGUAUAUCUUUCAAUGACCUGAAAAAGUACACGCUUACAUCUGGGGUAUUCCAGAUUGAUGUUGGAGAGCAGGAUAUAAGUAAGCGUAGAGUUAUUUUGGCACAGGUAGAUGAAAACGGAAUGUGUACACAAGUUGUUUUGGCCGAAGACAGACAAGGUGUCGAAAUCCACCCCCUCACACGUUGGGUUCACCGCGCUGUGCCAGAAGAGGAUGUGAAUGUUCGCCUGUUUUUGACUAUUUAUGGAAAGCCACCUUCCGAAGAUGAUUCCUUUAAUGUAAGUGUUUCCCCCUCUGGAUCGAUCACCAAAAAGGGACAUGGUAUUUUUGAAUUCAAAACGACCACAAAAGACCCAGACAACGCUAGACUUUUCAUCAAUGGAGACGUCUCUUUCUUCAAAUACUACUUAUCCGGGAGAGAGCCACCCGCCGAUGAUGAUGUUAACUCAGCAAUUGUCAUACUUGUCUGGGACAAGUUUGAGGUUCCAACUCAGCCCAACUGGAUCAGGCAUGUAAAACCAAUUUUCAAACAAUAUGCGACUUUGUAUCCUGUGAUGAAAAUAAACUUCCUGGACCUUUCAAAUUAUUUUGAAGUUGUUAAAAACAAAUACCCACUCACAAAGAUCAUGUCGCUCGACGUGGAAGAUCCACGUUAUAUGCCCGUCACAAGAGAUUUGUCUCCGGGUAAAGUUCAGAUGAUUUUAAAGUGGCUACAAGAUGACACUCCCAGAUAUGGAUAUUCAAAUCUUGGAAUUGACAUGUUCACCCUGAAACACCUUUUACAGACGGCACUUCAGUUGGAACAUUCGACAAUUCCGCCAUACCUGACUGGUUAUCUUUCAAUAAAGAAGGGUUAUAAUACUGAGGUAAAAAGCAUGCUGAAAGACAUUUUAAUCGACGAAAUGCAUCACUUGGCCCAAGUGUCUAACAUUUUGAAUGCAAUUGAUGGAAAUCCUAAUUUGUUUGCUGAACAUUUUGUCCCGUCAUAUCCCAGCUACCUGCCAGGUGGAGUUCAUCCUGAAGUUAAAAUCACCGUCAACAAGAUGUCGAUGCUUCAAAUUCGUAACGUGUACAUGGUUCUUGAAACGCCGUCUAAGGAACUCGAAGAAAAUGGACUGAUUAAUGCUAUUGACGAAAUAACUAAAAAUACUUUAUACAAUCCUACCAAUGCCAAAUCUACUUACUCUGAAGACCCGGCGUGCGCUGAUGUUUUAACAUUGUACAAUGACGUUGUUAUGAAGAGUGAAAAUAUUCUAACGAAUCAUAACACAAUUGGUGAUUUGUAUACCACAAUUCUUAUCGUGAUGGCAAAGCUUCAGUGUGCUGGACUAUUAAAAUUCGAUGGUAAAAAGAAUCAGCUUGAAGUUGGUGGGAAAAGUGGAAAGAAAGUGAUGAAAGUUUAUGAUUUUGGGACGGCUGUGCAGGCAAUAAAGAACAUCGUUAAAGAGGGCGAGGGAUCUUCGCCUUGCAAUCCGCUGGACCAGAACACCGAUUUAUCACAUUACUACAAGUUUGCAUCAAUGGCGAACAAACGUCAUAUAAAAACGAUCCAAAAAGAUAGCAAGGUUGAAACCACCGAUCCUGAUCAUGAGUGCCUUGGGUCGAAAGCAAGUACAUUCGCGUACAUAGGGAAAAAACUGCCUUUCGAUGAAGAUGGUAUUUGGCCCAUCGUGAACAAUCCGAUGAUGUCGAUGUACAAGGAGGGCAGCCGAGUCGAAAUUUUGGCAAAAUUAUUUAGCAAGUCAUAUUGGAGAUUGUUGAAGUUAUUGCAAAAUGUUUUUGAUGGAAAAACCUACUUGUUUGGGGAUUCUGUAGCAAAAAUGAAAGACCUGCUUAUUCAUGGCAACAGUUUGGUUCAGAUGCCAAUUGAAGAAAACGGAAAUCCCGAAGUGGGUCCGAAUGCAGGACCAAUCUACCCAACCAACGAACCUUGAAAGUCGGAUGAAAAGAAUCAGAAAGACGACGGCAGUGUUACUGCAUUAUAUUACUUUAUUACUUUAAGUUAUAGUUACAAAUUUUCAGACUCUUUUAGCUCAACAUAUAUCAGAUAUGAACGUUAAA